AUAAGUAGCCUCCACAGAAGCCAAAAGCUGAAAGCAAAGUGCAAAGAGCAGACUUAAAAAACUGGGCAAGAAAGAGAGAGGCUGAGAGACAGAGUCAAACUCUCUAAAUGCACCCAGCGAUGUAUCAAUCCAAUCGUCAGGAUUCACCGGCACUAAUGCAAGUGGAUCAGAAAGAAACUAGUAUUGUUCCAAUAGAUCAAGUGCAAAAUGGUGAAUUGAUGCAUGCACAAUCCAUAAUAUGCAGUUCUAAGGUUUUGAAGUGACAACUUAAACUUCAAGAUGAUCUACACAUGUUAGGACUCAAAAUCAAGCAGCAUGAGGAUAAUAUAAAAUUUCUGAAAAAUCAGAAAAGCAAACUAGAAGAUUCCAUUCUUGAUUUGCAAGUUAUUCUUGGUAAGUAUCAUUCUGCAACGCCACCUAAUACUGAAAACGAUCAGCAUUCCUCCAGUCAGAGUGAGGAGGAAACAACAGAACAGAUUCUACGGCAUGAAAAAUCAGCAGCAGGAAUUCUGUGCCAGCUAAGAUUGCGCCAUGGCACGAAUGCUUCUCAUCUUGCUUUAACCAAGGAUGUUCUUGGUAUUGUUGCUACACUUGGCAAAGUAGAUGAUGAUAACCUUAGCAGGCUUCUGUCAGAGUAUUUAGGAGUAGAUAUCAUGCUAGCAAUUGUUUGUAAGACUUAUGAAGGCAUUGCAGCUCUCGAAGCAUAUGGGAAGGAAGGACAAAUAAAUAAUGACUCUGGUCUUCAUGGCCUUGGUGCCUCUACUGGGAGGGCUCUGGAUGGUCGAUUUCUUGUCAUUUGUCUUGAACAUUUAAGACCUUUCUGCGGUGAGUUUGUGACUGAUGACCCACAAAGGAGGCUUGAUCUUCUAAAGCCAAAAUUGCCUAAUGGGGAGUGUCCGCCUGGGUUUAUCGGCUUUGCUGUAAAUAUGAUCGAUGUUGAUUGUACAAACUUGUUUUAUGUUACAUCCAGUGGACAUGGCCUCAGGGAGACUCUAUUUUAUAGCCUCUUCUCUCGUCUGCAAGUUUAUAAAAGUAGAGAAGAAAUGUUACUUGCUCUUCCUUGUAUAAGUGAUGGAGCCAUUUCAUUGGAUGGAGGAAUGAUUAAGGCUACCGGUUUCUUUUCCUUAGGCAAUAGGAAUGAUGUGGAUGUGAGAUUCCCAAAAUCUUCUUUGGCUUCACAGUUACCUGACAACUACAGGGAAACUGAGAAGCAGCUCAAGGAGAUGAAAUGGCAAAAGGACAAAAUGAUGGAGGAUUUUAAGCGAGAACAGGCACUUUUGAAUGCUGCAAAAUUGAAUUUUGAGAGAAAGAAGGAAGAGUUUGUUAAGUUCCUGGCUGACAGCUCAGCAUAUGCAGCUCAGCAUCAGAUGCAGGCGGGAUCGGAUAAAUUCAAUCAAAGAUGAUGGUAAUUUGGAUGGAAGAAAUUGUAUCCUUUAAGAAAGUAGAAACUCAAAUGACCUGCUGACUGUGUCGACUUUUAGCCAACAUUUUCUCUAACUGUUCUGAUUUCUGAGUCUGAAUGAAAAAUGACUUUGUCGAAAAAACAGUAGCAUCCAUUUUUCAGUUACUGAUGGCAAUUGAUUUUGCAAGUUCAGCGUCCUGAAGCACAACCUGUUUAGAAGCAUUCCUUGAUUUCUGAUCUGCUUGUGGGAAUUUCUAGUACCUGAUUGUCCAUUGAAGACAAGAUUUUGUUCUAGUAAAAGGUACUGUUAGCAUCAAUCUAUAUCUAGUCUACUUUCAUUUUGUGUCUGUUCCCUCUUAACCAGAUUGUAUGUACGUGUCAUAAUCAGAGGUUAAUUUUGUAACGUUCUUGCUGUAACAGUUUCAUAAUCAAUGGUCAUAUUAUUAAGUAUGAGUGUGCAGUCUCAA